CAGCGCGGCGGGCGGGCGGGGCGGGGCGUGGCGGGGCGGGCAGCCCGCGCCCGGGGCCUGGGACCGGGACCGGGACCCGCACCCCGACCGGCGGCGGCGGGGCGAGGCGGUGCCAUGCUGCAGCCUUUGUGCAAAGUUGGGCGGCUCGGCGCCCCCGCGGGAGAGGCUGCUGCCCAGUGGCGGGCCCCCCCCUCCGCCCCCAGCCCUUGAAGGCGGAGAGAGCUCGCGUCUCGCUCGGCUUCAGGGUUGGGCCAAGAAGCCUUGUGAAACUAGCUGAAAUUCAAGUGGAAGAGGAAAGAGAUACCAUUUCCUGCUGGGAGCUGCUGCAGUGGCCACAUUUCACCUAGUACAGGCUACAGUGAUAGAAGUUUUUGCUCUAAGAAGAUUGUGAGAUUUGAGAUUGCCGAGAGUUUUAUAAAUGGACACUGACAUGGACUACGAAAGACCCAAUGUUGAAACCAUCAAAUGUGUGGUCGUGGGAGACAAUGCUGUGGGCAAGACUCGCUUGAUCUGUGCCAGAGCAUGCAACACGACACUAACACAGUAUCAGCUGCUGGCCACCCACGUCCCGACCGUAUGGGCGAUUGACCAAUACAGGGUCUGCCAGGAGGUCUUGGAACGUUCCAGAGAUGUUGUUGACGAAGUGAGUGUUUCUCUCAGGCUUUGGGAUACUUUCGGUGACCAUCACAAAGACAGGCGUUUCGCAUAUGGCAGGUCAGAUGUCGUGGUCCUUUGUUUUUCGAUUGCUAAUCCCAACUCCCUAAAUCAUGUGAAAACCAUGUGGUAUCAGGAAAUCAAGCACUUUUGCCCUCGGACACCUGUUGUUCUAGUCGGCUGCCAGCUCGAUCUCCGCUAUGCUGAUCUUGAAGCUGUUAAUCGAGCCAGACGCCCUUUAGCAAGGCCUAUAAAGAGAGGGGAUAUUUUGCCCCCAGAAAAAGGCCGAGAGGUUGCAAAGGAGCUUGGCAUACCAUACUAUGAAACAAGUGUGUUUGACCAGUUCGGCAUCAAGGAUGUGUUUGACAAUGCAAUCCGAGCUGCACUCAUCUCCCGCCGGCACCUGCAGUUCUGGAAGUCCCACUUAAAGAAAGUUCAGAAGCCUUUACUCCAGGCACCGUUCCUACCUCCGAAAGCCCCUCCACCUGUCAUCAAAGUCCCCGAAUGUCCCUCCUCGGGGACUAACGAAGCUUCCUGUUUACUGGACAACCCUCUGUGUGCCGACGUCCUGUUCGACCUUCAGGACCAGGAGCAUAUCUUUGCACACCGAAUUUACCUCGCUACCUCCUCGUCCAAGUUUUAUGAUCUUUUUCUAAUGGAAUGUGAAGAAGCCCCAAGUUGGAGUGAAGGAGCUUCUGAGAGAGAGAAGCAGAACAGAGAUGCCCAAGGGCAGGCACUGAGUACUGUGCCCGAUGAAGAAAGGGAAGACGGUAACCCCAGGACACCUCAGGCCAAUCAGUGGAUAUGUUCGACUCAGAACAUAUUCCAGCAGGAGACUCCAGGCCUGGGAGCAGAGGGCUCUGCUCUGGAGACGCGGAACUUGUCCAGCUGGAGUAAAGGGUUCAUUAGCAUGCACAAGGAAGUGCGAGUCAACCCCAUCUCACAGAGGGCAGGCCCUGUGACAGUGGUCAGGAUGGACUCUUCAGUCCAGCCAGGUCCUUUCCGAACUCUACUCCAGUUUCUGUAUACAGGGCAGCUAGACGAAAAUGAAAAGGAUCUAGUGGGCCUGGCCCAAAUCGCAGAGGUCCUGGAAAUGUUUGACUUGAGAAUGAUGGUGGAAAACAUCAUCAACAAGGAAGCCUUCAUGAACCAAGAGAUCACAAAAGCCUUUCAUGUCAGGAAAGCUAAUCGUAUCAAAGAAUGUCUCAGCAAGGGGACAUUCUCAGAUGUGACCUUUAAAUUGGAUGAUGGAGCAAUCAGUGCCCAUAAACCACUGUUGAUCUGUAGCUGCAAGUGGAUGGCUGCCAUGUUCGGCGGGUCAUUUGUGGAGAGCGCUAACAGUGAGGUGUAUCUUCCGAACAUAAACAAGAUGUCGAUGCAGGCAGUGCUGGAAUAUCUCUACACCAAGCAGUUGUCACCUAACUUGGACCUGGACCCACUGGAACUGAUCGCCUUGGCAAACAGAUUCUGCCUGCCACAUCUGGUCGCCCUUGCAGAGCAGCAUGCUGUCCAGGAGCUGACCAAGGCUGCAAUGAGUGGUGUGGGCAUUGACGGGGAGGUGCUCUCUUAUUUGGAAUUGGCGCAGUUUCACAAUGCCCACCAGUUGGCCUCUUGGUGUUUGCACCACAUCUGCACCAACUACAACAGUGUAUGUUCCAAGUUUCGCAAGGAAAUCAAGUCGAAAUCUGCAGACAACCAGGAAUACUUUGAGCGGCACCGCUGGCCCCCAGUGUGGUACCUGAAGGAAGAAGACCACUACCAGCGUGUGAAAAGGGAACGAGAGAAGGAAGAUAUGGCACUAAAUAAACAUCACUCAAGACGAAAGUGGUGCUUCUGGAACUCAUCUCCAGCAGUUGCCUGAGGAGGAAGAGGGGGAAAAAAAAUCAACAAUCUGACAGGCCAUUUUUAAAAGCACUACUGUAAAAUUAGUCUUAUUAUUAGCUAGCAGAUGUAGUUCAGGUUUCAGGCACUGAUUUUCCUCCACUUUUGUGCAUUUAUCUUUGUUGGGAUCAAAGCACAAGCUCACCAUCAAUGAGCCUGGACAAAAAAGGGAAGUUAAUGCUCACUGCAUUCCUUAAACUCACAUGUAUAUUAUUUUUUGUUAGGUGGUUUAAUAAAUUUUAAUCCAUGGUCUCACUUCUUUUGAUACAAAGAAGGAAAAAAAAAAAAACAGUCCAGCUUUCAUGUUGCAAAUUCCAAAUGGGAAAAUAUUUUUAUAUGGUCUCUUGUAUUUGGUUGAAAUAAAAAUACUAUGUAUUACUUUAUUUUACAGGCCAUAAAUUAACCAUGAAGUCACCCCAAGUACAUGGCCACUGAGCAUUAUGACAUAAUCAGAGGGUUAUCCUUUUGUUGUGAAGUAAAGGUUUGGAAUGAAUUUCCCAAAGUGCAAGCUAGAGACUGUUUAAUCUAUGUUCUGUCGAAUAACAUUGGUAUAAUUACCAAGUCAGCUCUAAGAACAUGUAUUUACAAUGUUUGCUGUGUAAUUGCUAGUAAUUAUAUGGUUACAUGUGCCAUGUAAAAUAUAGUGAUAUCAAAUCUUCUGUUGUUUCACAUGUCUAGAUUCAAGAUGAUAAUCUUUAUAAUCAUUAGAAGGGCUUAUUAAAUCCCAGCAUUAUCCAGGGCAAACUCACUGGUGGACCUGAAUAUAAAAGAUACCAUAAGAGUGCUAGCGUUUGGAUUGCUGUCUUAAGGUUUAUAUCUCUCAAUAUUCCUCGAUCUUGCCAUGCUUCUGCAUAUAGCUAUUCUACUGACUUGAAUAAGAAUGGGCAAGAAAUGGUCCCUGGACUCUGUCCCACCUUCAGUGGGCUUGUCACCACCAGAAAUGGGCUUCCUCAGGUCUCUCAACUGUGGCCAACUUCAUUUUGUAAGACAUGAUACGUAUUUUUAAAUCUACCCAGGGAAAAUUCAGAUUGCUGCAGAAGUAGGUUAAAGCAGACCACCCACCCCCCGCUGAAAUUCAGCCGGCCUGUGAAAGCACAAAGCUGGAGGCUAAGUGGUCUAGGAUCCUUGUAUUCUCCGAGGCAAACAGGAAUCUUAUUCCAAGAGUCUAGGAAAUGGUGCUAUUGUGAGUUCUGACACUCUGUCAUUCUGAAUUUUCAGUGUUAAAGUAGCAAGUACUGAGCAGGGGAGCUUUCAAGAAGCAGUCAGUCAUUGCUUCUCUGAAAAGUCAUUGUCACAGUGCUCAUGCAAAGAGUAUUCUAAGGCCAGAGCUUCAAACCUGCUGCAGGAUGUGAUGUAGUGGGGGACUAGGGCUUUUUCUGCUGAGAGAUCAGCUUAAUGAUCUAAAGACUGUUGAUUUGGUUUUGCUUUUUUGUUUUUCUGAAGAUGGGGGGGAGUCAGUUGAGUUCAAACGUCAAUGGUGAUAACCAUAUGCAUUUGAAAAUCUCUCCGAAUCACAGAUGGGCCUUUAUUACUGCCAGUGGAAACACACCAGAUUUAAGAGUUUGGAGAGGUCUAGAAAUGCACCCACAUCAAGGAGGGAGCAGUGGAGUAUGAAUGGAAGUUUAUAAAUGCAUCUACCUUAAUUUUUUUGCCAGUAGGGCUAUGAAUUUUUAAUAGAUAACGAAGACAGACGGGAAAAUAAAUGUCAAGACUUGGAAAGAAUUGGCCUAUAUCCCGUCAUAAAAUGGUAGAAGUUGAAUUUUCAAGUCAUCAAAGAUGAGUCGUUAAUAGCCAAAGCUCCCAUGUGAUUGUAAUCUUGCCAAAACCUAAUGGACGUCCAGAUGAACCUGGGGUAUAAGCAAUAAUCUCCACUAGUGCUUGUGAUCAGCUACUGUAACCAAGUGGCUGGUUCAUUUGGUUGAUGCUGAUCAAGGGCCUUUAACUGUGGUGGUUUAUUUCGUGUUUUUUAUUUCACAAAAAGCCAAUAAAAUUGUUUCGUUACAAAA